GCCAUUGUACAAAGUACAGAUUCCUAGGCGAGACGUCAAAAACCUGUCAGUACUUGAGAACUGCUGGUAAAAGGUAGUUGAAGGGGCAUUUGAAGUGAAUGUGGUUUGGUUGAUUCAAUAUGAAAAACCCAUCUGAACGUACAUUGGUUGUCAUCGGCAACCUUGGAGCUAUAUCAUGGGCUGCCCUGGAAGGAGGCGAAGAGAAGCCCCUGGGGACCACCAGACUCUGGGUUACUACAGGCACCAUCUCAGGACGCCCCCUCUCUGUGGUAAACAUGCCUGGUGCAGUAACCACCACCCAGAGCCAGGGGGUGCUACAGGACUGGGCUAUGGAGUGUCUGUCCCUGUCUGAGUGUUCCAAGGGGAUCCACUCUUUCCUCCUGGUGGCGCCGUUGGGUCGUCUCACAGAGCAGGAGAGAAGAGGGGCUCAAUGCAUCCGAAGGAUGUUCGGAGAGAGGGCCCAUGGCUUCACUCAGGUCCUCUUUACCUACGAGCUGGAGCAGAAGGAUAGUCUUGAGGAUCUACUGAAGGAGAGAGAGGCCAAGAGGCUGAUUGAGGAGUGCGGGGGACGUUUUCACGUCUGCCCAAAGAGCAUUGGUGAAGAGCUGGAAGUCACAGGGUUACUGGGGAAGGUCGACUCCAUUUUGGAUCAGGGCACAGACCCCUGCUACACCGUGGAGAUGCACCAAGAAGCUCAACCGCUAUUGGUGGAGUUUAGGGAGCAGCUUAAGGGCCUAUUGGAUGGCUUUAUCAGACUUAAGGAAAGGAUCAAUGAAAGGGAGAUAAUGCAAGUGAAUGUGGAGAAUUUGGAACACAGGAUCUUCAGAGAGAAGCUAGCGAGGCUUCAAGAUGAGCUCUUGUUGAAGCAGAUGGAGAAAGAAAGAGACAGUGGCAUGGAGGACGAGGCGCUAAGCUUUAUAUAUGAGUUGGACAGGUUAGUUGACAAGCUUGCCCUAAAAAGAGUGAGAGCAGUCGAGGAGGACCAUAAGAGCAGAGAGGACGUGCAGAGGUUUAGGGAGGAGUUGGGGAGGAUGGUGGAUGAAAUGGUUACCAAUCAGAAACACAAGCAUAGACAGAUGUGUCGGGAGAAGGGAGAAGAAGAGUGGGAGCUUCAGAACUUCAGGGAACAGCUAGAAAGACUGGAAAACAACAUGAAAAAGACAGAGAAGAGAGGGGACAGGAAAGAGACGGGAGGGAAGGAGUUUGUGAAGGGGACAGGAAAGAGACGGGAGGGAAGGAGUUUGUGAAGGGGACAGGAAAGAGACGGGAGGGAAGGAGUUUGUGAAGGGGACAGGAAAGAGACGGGAGGGAAGGAGUUUGUGAAGGGGACAGGAAAGAGACGGGAGGGAAGGAGUUUGUGAAGGGGGCAGGUAAGAGAAGGGAGAAGGAGUUUGUGAAUGGGGCAGGAAAGGGGGAUGAGGGAGAGAGAGAUUCCAGAGGGAAGCACGGAGGGAGGGUUUGACAUGGGUCAACAGUUUAAAGGAAUGAUGCAGAACUUGGGGAAUAUCGGGAAUAUCAGGAAAAAGAGGAGAAGAGCUUGGAGGAAAGGAACAUGUGAUUAAAAGGGUGCUGGAAAUUAUCUAUAGUUUCUAGCUAUUGGCUACAUUAAUUUAAUACAUUAUUUUUUAUGGAUGACAUUCUAUGAUGCAUUUUAAACAAAUCAAUGAAUGUUGAUGAUAUUGUGUGUCAGGUUGUUGCAUGAUAAACUGUUAAAUAUUUGUCAUCAUAGGACUAGAGAAUAAACGAAUAACUUUA